GCUGGUGAGCGGAAAAGCAAAGCACAACCGCUAAGCCCUCCCGGCUGAACGACAGGUCGAUGAGCAGGGAAGAAGGGGGUGGAUUGGUGGGUCUUGAUUUGCUUAAAAACGCGCUCGCCCUUUUUCUUUCCGCGUCUCUCCCUCCAUCUCCAUCUUGGAAAUGCCAUUUGGGCUCGGAGAGGUCCAGUGAGAAUUUCUGGUGCAGCCAAACAUAGAAAAAGACUCUGAGGGAGUUGCUAAGUAAAGAAGCCGCUGCGGAGGUCGCUUGUUGAAGGACUCCUGUGUGGCUCUUCAAGAAUGUUUUGAAGAUUCCGGGAACAAAACCAACAUGGGAGGCACCACGUUUUCCUUGUUGUAGCUCAUAAACUGCUUAGAAUAGAGAGCACGGCAUUCGGGCCCCAUCAGAAGAGGGAGCCCAGACACAAGGGAGAGAAGAGAGACUUGUUAACCUCCCAGUAGUUCUGUUACCAGUUGACGGUGCGCAGCAGCAACCAAACAUGGUCGUUUUAAGAAGUUAUGGGGCAGAACACUGCAGGUUAAUGCUAGUGAUUCCAUCAUGGCUAUUAAUGCUAGUGAUGUCAAUGGGGUUGAGGAAGUAGAGGAGACACACCUAUACUCAGCCUGUUAAGCAUCCUUCCCCCUCCUCUUCCUUUCCCUCCACACCUUUCCCCGUCCACAGCUGGCGUCUGCUUGCUUCUCCUCCACCCAGAGCUGGGGAUUUGCCUGUGCAGCUGCAGCUGUGCAGCUGGAACACAGAUCUCAGCUUUCCAAGUCUGAGGAGGAAGGCAUGGGCGACAACCCCACUGUCGUGGCUGCCAUGUACACUAGCCUGCAGUGCAUCGUCGAGUACCGGGACUCGGCGGAGGAGCUCUUCUGGUGGCGUGUGCGGUUCCGUACGGCGGCUAUUGAAGCCUUGGAGCAGCACCUCAGCGCCAUCGGAGCCGCGGAGGGGGCAGUCCUCCGCUUCGAAAGAGACCGGCUCCGUGGCCAUAUGCGAAGCCUGACGCGGUUGCGCCGGAGAAUGUCUGCCGCCGUUGAGCAAGCACGCACCGCGUUUGCGGCCGUUGUGAUGGCUGAGCACCUGAACACAGACAUGUGCUUAACACGCUGCUGGACUCUUCCACGCACAGAAGCUGCGUGGGCCUCGAUGCUCGAGCUAGACAGUUGGGAUGAUUCCCGUUUCCGUGGAAGUUUCCGGAUGUCACGGAAAACAUUUGACAUGAUUGCUGAAGAAAUUGGCCCGAUGAUCCAGAAGCAAAAUACAGUAAUGCGCCAGGCUGUCCCUGUGAAAAAACGGUUAGCGCUAACGCUGUACAAACUUGCAUUCAACUUGGGCUACCUCCCUCUCAGCACCACCUUCGGGGUUGGGAAAUCGACAGCUUGUGAGAUUUUCAGAGAAACAGUGCGAGCCCUGAAUGAACUGUAUCUGGCUGAUGUCAUUAAGGUUGGCGAUGAGAAAGAGAACCAGCAAGGGUUUUGUGAGCUUGGAUUUCCACAUGCAGGGGGAGCCCUGGGGUCAUCCCGUGUAAGAAUCCUUGCUCCGGAGGGAAAAGGGCCAGAAUUCCAUAAUAAAAAGUGUUUCUACAGCAUGGCUUUGCAGGCAAUUGUAGACGCAGAGGGCAGGUUCAUGGACGUGUAUGCUGUCGUUUCCGGAAGGAACCACGACACCGCAAUCUUCUGGAAUUCUCCGGUGGCUGGUAGGCUAGCCAGGGGCACGUUCUUCACUGCCCCUCCUGCUGUGGUUCAUGGUGUCCCGGUGCGCCCCGUCAUCCUGGGAAACCAGACUUUUGCGCUUCAGCCUUGGCUCAUGGCACCCUACCGCAUUCCAGGAACGCCCAAAGAGAAAAACUUCAACUACUACCUCAACAGGGCGAGAUUGCCUGCAGAAGGAGCAUUUGGGCGACUCAAGUCCCGGUGGUGCUCUCUUUACACGCUCCUGGAUGUGGAGGAGGACCUUGUAGCAGAUGUCAUCCUCUUGUGCUGCAUCCUUCACAACAUCUGUGAAUCGAGGGGAGAUGUGCUGCUGGAGGAGAACGCCCAGCUUCCCGGGCCCGAGUCCGAGAGCGAUGCCGUUUCCAUCGAUUUCCAGGGGCAGCAGGCCGCCCCGCAGCCUCAGAAUCCCCACUUGGGAGAAGCUUUGCAUCGGGAGACGCAAGCCCUACGGACAGCCAUAGCUGACUUCCUCUGGGACCAUUAUCCACACGUCUGUGACUGAGGACUGUGUCAUGCUGUGCUUGGCUGUCGGGUGCUUUAUUCUCCACACCCUUCACCUGCACCAAACCCAUGCGGUUCAUUCACAUGAAGUGCUUUCGCUGCCUCCUUUAUAGCCUCAGCAAGUUGUUUGCGAAGUGUAGUGGGCAUUUCUCAGUCCCGUGCCAAAUAAAGCAGCUGCCUCCAUAGCCUGAGCAACCUUA